UAAUUAUAAUUCCAUAUUUUGUUUAUUUGGUGAUCAGAAGUGAAUCAUAUAAGGAAUAAGAGGAUGGUCUAUACCAGAUCAAAAUGGAAGCCACAUCAGUGUAUAUAAAAAAGGAAGUUGAGGAUGUUGAGUAUGAGAGAAGUUACCAUUAUUCAGAAAAUGACACUUUACUAAAUCCUGUCACCCAUGAAGAGGAUUAUACAGUCACGGUUAACCCAGAAGCCGUUUUAGACAUCAAAUAUGAAAGGGAAGAUGAACCUGCUACAUUAAAUGAUCCAGCCUCUUCAGCUAAAUUUCCAAACAAUACCCCUGACCUUUCAGAAGAAAGUCAUAUCAAGGGUUUUCCACAGUUAAAAGAAGCACUGACUGCAGACUUGCCAGAUCUAAAUGUUAAUAGGCGUAAAAGAAAUUUAAAUGUAAGGAGAAGGGAUAUUAAGUACAGAGAUGAAUCAACGGAGCAGAGGGAACAGGAAAUACUGAGUGAUGAAGUAAAAGUGGAAACAGAUAGAGAAAUAUCCACGAUAUGGAAUUCAGGGGAAACCAGUAAUUUUGACAAUGCAACAAUCAAGAUGGAAAACUUUGAAGAUGAUUUCAGCCCAGAUACAAAUUAUAUGGAACACUGCAGCACAGAUGGAACGACUGAGAUAGCACCAGGAGAUGAUUUUGUCAUAAAAACUGAAUACUUAGAAGAGGAAUCUUCACCCAAUAUCAACCUAAGGCCUAAUGCCAGUAAAAGGAAAAGAUCAAACCAUGAACAAAACACUGAUGCCUCUGCUUCUGUUCCAGUCGGAAAUUUGAUGAGUUUACAAGAAUCAGAUGAAUAUACAAACCAGCAACAAUUCGGAAAGAGAAUCAGGAAUAGUAAAGGUCAACCAAAAGAAAAAGCCAGAAAAACUUGGUUUUUAGAUAAGGAUAAAGGAAUGUGGAAGAGAAGGUCGUGGUAUGAAGAGGAGGCCAAGAACAUGAUGCAGAAAACGCGAGAAGAUCUGAGGCAGAUUGAAGAGCUCUACUCAAGUAAAGCCUCUGGGCAAAAGACAGGGUCAUAUGAAACAUUUUUGCAAACCAUUGAGGAGGAAACAGGAGAGAAGAAAGUAGAGAAAAGAGAGAUAAAGAGAGUAGUGGGGAGAAAGAGAUCUCGUUACGAGGAGAAAACAGAGUUGAUGAAGAGGAAGACGGAGGAGGAUGAAGAGUUUAUAGACAGUCUGAAAAACAUGUUUAAACGUCCAGGGGAUUCAUCAGAACAUUCCAAUCAAAGUACUGAGAGUACUUCAUCUGCAGCAGAAAUAGGGACUUCCAAAGAGAAUGAAAAAUCAGCUGUCAUUUCUACAUCAUUGCUUACGUUAACAGAGUUAAAUGAGCUGAAUGAGAAAAAGAAAUGCAUAAACAAUGAAGAUCUAGAGGGUGACAAAUGGAAAGAGUUGAACAAGAAAAGCAGGGAGGAAUUGGAACAAGAAAUUUGUGAUGUGAAUGGAAAAAGAAAGCUGACAGUCCCAAGAAAAUCAAUGUACGAGGAAAAGACAAAGCACCUGAAUCGCAAAACACAGGAAGAUGUGGAACUCAUAAAGGGUUUACAGUCUCUCAGAAAACUUGUGAGUAAAGACUCAAAAGAGUACAAACAGUUACUGAAUGAAACCUCAGCUCUCUCUGACAACAUCAAAGAGAAAGUGGAAAAUACAAGCAUAGUAGAAUACAGUCCAAAUCUUGGGGAGGCAAUCAAAAAGAUUGUAGUACCAGCAGAAAAUCCAUUGUCCCAUUUAAUACCACCAAGAUGGGAGGCUGACGAAGGCCAAGGGGAUAAGGCCCAGUAUGCGCCAGUUUUGUAUAGCAAUAAAAAUCACCCUGACCUCAAGGAAAAAGUCCCACAAUGGCACUUACGGGCUCCAAUGAUAGCAAAAAUAUGGAGAGAGUUACCAGAAAACACUAGAGAGGCCUAUAAGGCUCUAAGCAAGCAGAACAAAUUACAGAAAGAGGAAUAUCAGAAGAAGAUGUUGGAGGAAGAAUUAAAGAAACAUUCCACAAAGAAAUCUCGCCAGAGUCGCAGUGAUACAGCAUACCGUGCAAGUGUUCCAUUACAAAACAGAACAGCAGUUCGGCAGUCACAGCGCCUCAUGUCGAGAUCCAGCAGCUCUACCACUGUAACAGACGAUUCACCAGAAAGAAGUUCAAGUCCUAACAGUGGAAGCAUUUAUGGUAGGAAAUCCAAGUAUGAAGCAAAAUCUAAGAUGCUGAACAUGAACUCAGAACGCGACAAAGCGUUCAUGGCAGAGGCCAAUCUUCCAGUGCCCAAAGAGGAAACAAGUCCACUAGACAGGCUACCAGGUUCACACUACUCUAUUUCCAUGCAGAUGAUGGCUUUUAAAACCAAACAGGAAAUGGCUACCUUAGCAAAACUAAUACCUCUGGAAAAAGUGGCAACUAUUCAAUGUGGUCGGUCAGGUCAAUCCAUUAAAGUAUUGGAAGAAACUAAUUCUAGGUUAGUGAAAGAAGAAAAUAGCCAAGCACUAGCCAUUUAUGGCACAGACAAUGGAAAAGCAGUUCCAAAACUAAAUGGCAGUCAAAGAAGUACCGAGAGUCCCCCUGUUCAUAAGGAUGUGAACUUAAACCAGAAUUCUGUGUUCAAUGUUCGAAAAUCACAACACAACGACGAAUCCGAGAAAAACUCUGUAACAGAGGAGAAUGUGCUCAUGUGUUCCGAGUGUGGUGAGGAAUUUACAUCUUCAUCAGAACUGGACACGCACAAAACAUUGUCACACAACCAUAAACCUCCAGGGAUACUGCCAAAAGAGGAUACAGCAUUGCCGUUUAUCAAAUGUGAACCUGUCGAUGAAGACUAUGACAAAGCUGAAAGUGUAAACAAUCGAGGAGAUGUAGAACCUGGCAGAAGGAAGAGGAAAGGAAAGGGGAGGUUGAAAGUGAAAGUAGGCAAAAAUAGAAAAACGUCAAGUGAAGAUAAGGCAUCCAAAAACAAUGAUAUCUGUGAUAAGGAGGUUAGGAUUAAAACGGAGGUCUUAUGACGAAACUUAGCAUCCAUCUGCUUUUGAAACUUCUUUGAAAUGUAAGAAUAAAAUACACAGGAUUUAGUAAUACAACUGAAUUGAAAAUGAAUUUGUACUGAACUGUUAAACCAUUUUCAUGCAUAAUUUUCCAUA